AUGGCCCGGGAGGACUCGGUGAAGUGCCUGCGCUGCUUGCUCUACGCUCUCAACUUACUCUUCUGGCUCAUGGCUCUGUGUGUGUUGGGAGUGGCUGCGUGGCUUAGGGAUUACCUGAACAAUGUACUCACCUUAACCGCUGACACCAGGCUGGAAGAGGCAGCGAUCCUCACGUACUCCCCUGUUGUCCACCCUGUUGUCAUCGCAGUGUGCUGUUUUCUAAUCAUCGUGGCCAUGGUGGGCUACUGCGGCACACUGAAAUGCAAUCUGCUCCUCCUGUCCUGGUACUUUGGCAGUCUGCUGGUGAUCUUCUGUGUGGAGCUGGCCAGUGGAGUGUGGACGUACGAGGAGCCUUCAGUGCAGAGGUCUGAUAUGAUCAGUUUGAAGUCGCGUAUGCCCAACUACGGCCUACAGCGCUACCAGUGGCUAACCCAUGCCUGGAACUCCUUUCAGACUGAGUUCAAAUGCUGUGGGGUGAUCUACUUCACUGAUUGGCUGGAGAUGACCGAGAUGGAGUGGCCGCCAGACUCCUGCUGCUCUGAUCAGUAUCCAGGCUGCGCUCGCCACGCCCACCACCGUGACCUGAGUGACCUCUACCAAGAGGGCUGUGGGCCUAAAAUCUACAGUUUCAUCCGUGGCACGAAGCAGUUGCAGGUCCUGCGUUUCUUGGGUGUGUCUAUAGGAGUGGCCCAGAUCCUGGCCAUGACCCUGACCCUCACUCUGCUCUGGGCGCUCUACUACGACCGCAAACCUCCAGACCCUGCUCCGCCUGACCCCCUCACACACACCCACUCACACUGUCCCACAGAGGAUCCCCAGAAGCCGGGCCACGUGCACUCACGCCCUUCCGAAGCCUGGGCCAGCGGCCCUCUUAAUGGACACGCCCAGUUUGAAAUGGAGCAGCUUUCCUAGCAGCUGCACUACCUACCAGACUCCGCAAGCUGAUCUCUUGGAAUCUGGCAUACAGUAACAGUGCAGCGUCAUAGCAACCCUGUACAGCCAGCUGGUUGCCAGGACACCCGUUGUGAUCUCAGAACUGUUCAAGGUACUGUAACUCUGUGGAAAAAUGACAAAACCUCUGCGUUGCAGUAGAAGAAAUAUGGAGCUCUCGUUGCAGUGAGAGUUGGAGGUUUUGUUUGUCAGCAUGCAGUUUCGGAAGUACCGACAGUGCUGUGGGACAUAAACACAGAAAUGGAAUGUAUCUGAGGACGGACUGGAUGCAUAGUCUUUUGUGCAAAACUCUGAAAAGUGAAGUUGGUUAUCAGUACAGCUAACAAGGGGCUAGUGGACGUAAAUGCCACUAGAUGUUUGGAGGAGGAUAUAUGAUGUUUUUCUACAUACUUUUUGGACUGAAAGGGCUAAACACAUUAUACAUACACUCACACUUCAACUUGAGUCUUAAAAGUGAUUUUAAUUGUCUAUAGGAAGAUCCAGCUGCUCUAAGCUUUACUUUUGAGCUGUAUGUCUACAUGUCUUAAUUCACUAGCACUGUGAUGUAAAUUAUAGAAUAUUUUUAGUUAAAAAACAAAAGUGUCUUGCUACAAAAGGUUGAACAUAUUGUGCUUAUAAGCCUUGAGAUUUACAAAAAAGCUGUACAUAUACUCAUAUGGAGCAUGUGUGUGAAUUACAGUGAACUACAUUUGACAGAUCUUCUAUUUCUCAGUGUGUGUUUUUUACUACUGCUCUAAAAAAGCGGGUCAGAAUGUGCUUUAAAUGAUUUGAA